AUGGUGGUUGACCACAGUACACAUGUCAAUAUUGGCAUCACAGACGCAGCACUGGCACGGCCUCUCCCUCUCUACGGCCAGAGACUGCUUCCACACAUCCUGCGUGAUGAAGCAAAGAUCGACCCACGGAAGCCUGUUGCCCUGCUGUUUGAGACUUUGGACCUGGACUUGUCAAAGUCUCCAUCUCCAUCUCCAUCUCCAUCUUCGUCCUCAACUCCAUCUUCAACUUCAUCUUCAUCUCCACGAGAGGUCACCACGGCUGAGUUGUACAAUGCCGUCCACGCCACCGCUUGGUGGAUCCGAAGCAAGCUGGGCCACAGUGACGAUUUCGAGACGCUGGCAUACAUAGGGGUUUCCGACUUACGCUACCAUGUCAUGCACAUUGCCUCCAUCCUCUGUGGCUACAAGCUCCUCUGCAUCUCGAUCCGUAACUCUGAUGCCGGUUACUUGUCCCUCUUGGAGGCCACCAGUUGCACCAAGUUUGUCUGUACCUCGGAGCUCAUGGCCCGUGGAGAGCAUAUCAGAUCCCUGGUCGGAGACCGGAGACUCGAGCUGGUCCAGUUGACGUCCUACCAAGCGAUAUGUGCCAUGAGCACGAGCGUCAAAGACUACCCGUACGACAAGACUUUUGCAGAAGCCGAGAAUGACCCAAUCCUGAUCUGCCACACAUCCGGCUCAACCGGAGCACCGAAGCCUAUCACGCUCACCAAUGGCAAUUGGGCGGUGGUUGAUAACCUCCGGAAAAUCCCCAAGACCGCUGGACGGAAAAACCAGGACUGGUCGCUCUUGGGCUUCCAGAAUCGAGACUUUUUCAUCUCAAGCUUUCCCCCGUUCCAUGCCACUGGCAUGAUCGCUGGAAUGCUACCACUCAUGUACAACUCCAUUGUCGUUUUCCCACCGCCCGACCGGCCAGCCACGGGGGAAAGUUGUCUUCAGAUGAUGAGAUAUCUUCACCGUCACCACCCCCGCAAGAGACUCAGGGGCCUUCUCGUGCCUCCUACCGUGAUCGAAGAGCUGGUGGUCGAAGAGGACCAAGGCUUAAGCUAUGCGUCGAAGCUCGACUUUGUCAUGUUCACUGGCGGACCUUUGGCCCCCUCCGUGGGCGACCGACUGAGUGAGGUGACCGACAUUUGCCAGCUGAUCGGGUCGACCGAGACAGGACCUAUUCCUGGCCUGGUGCCUUCCAGAAAGGACUGGGCAUACUUUGAGUGGCAACCCUUCUACAAAGUCGACAUGGAGCCUCGAUCGGAGCAGGAUUUCGAACUGGUCCUCAAGCAGGAUCCGGCGCUUCGCUGGAUCCGCACCGUCGCCCACACCAUGCCCCAUGUUGCAGUGUGGAACUCGUCCGAUCUCUACCGACGACAUCCCGAUCCCGACAAGCCAGAUCUGUGGCGCUUCCACGGCCGGGCCGACGAUGUGGUGGUGUUGUCGAACGGCGAAAAGUUCAAUCCGGUGCCUAUGGAGGCCAUCAUCCAGGGCCAUCCUCUGCUCAAGGGAGCCUUGUAUUACGGUCAAGGAAGGUUCCAGCCCGCGUUGCUGGUAGAGCCCAAGUCUGAAGUGGCCGGAGAUAAAAACGAUCAGGAUGCGUUCAUCCACCAGAUUUGGCCCAGCAUCGAAAGGGCCAACCGGGAAGCUCCACAGCAUGCUCGAAUCGUUCGGGACAAGAUGGCAGUCGCAUCGCCGUUGAAGCCGUUCUCCAGAGCGGCCAAGGGCACCGUGGUCCGGAAGUUGACCCUGAAGGAUUACGCUGAAGAAUUGGAAGCCCUGUACGCUGACAGUGACGGUGACGGGGCUAGAAUGGAGAGCCACAGCCAGAGCCACACUUUGCUUGCCGACCCACAAGAUAUCAUUGCCGUCAGAGACUUCGUACGCAAGUGCUUGGAUGGGCCUCUCAGCCAAGUGCAAGCCCCGGCACCGGCAUCGGUCUCCGACGGGCAAGAUCUUUUUUCUCUAGGGCUGGACUCCCUCCAAACCAUGGAGCUGUCGAAACGGCUCAACGCUGGCCUCCGGGCUCACCUGGGAGCGGGAGCGGGAGCCGGAAAAGGGAUAGGGAUAGAGACAAAAAUCAGUCCCAGGCAUAUAUAUGCUCAUCCUACUGUUGCAGGUCUGGCAGACCUCAUCUAUGGGCUUUUGAACGGUCGCGCCGAAUCAGACUCCGACUCGACCAAGGCUGCCCAUGUCCAGAAUGAAAAUGAAGAGCUUGGAAGAGAGGCGAUCAUGACCGGUCUCAUCGACAAGUACACCCGUGCUUGGCGCUCAUCUGUAUCUGGUUCGAGUGAUGGUGAUGCGGAUCGGGGGAUCACUGUCAUGGUGACGGGGACGACAGGAUCUCUGGGGACUUAUCUACUCCUCUCGCUGCUGAAGAACGGCCGAACCAAGCACAUCUACUGCCUGAAUCGGACGGAAGACGCCAAAGACCGGCAGCAACGAGCAUUCGAGCGGAUGAAGGCCGAUGCCCAUGUCGACGAUCCCAGGUUGACCUUCUUCCGAGUCGACCUGGGUCUCCCAAAGUUCGGCCUCCCUGCAGACUCGUUCGACCGGCUUCAGCGAGAAACGGACUGGAUCGUCCACAACGCGUGGAAGGUCGAUUUCAACCAGACGGUGCGUUCUUUUGAGGGGCCCAUUGCUGGUGUUUGCGGGUUGGUGGAUUUCGCAAAGUCAUCUCCUCGGAGGCCAAGGCCGCGCCUUCAAUUCAUCUCCUCCGUCUCGUCGGUGGGUAACUGGUCUGCGAUUGUCGACGACAGCAAGGGCAAGUCCUUGUGCCCGGUGCCGGUGCCGGUGCCGGAAACGGCCAUGACCGACCCCAGGGUGGCACAACAUCAGGGCUACGGGGAAUCCAAGCACGUGGCCGAGCAGAUCCUCCAGAUGGCGGUGCAGGAAUGCAAGAUCCAGGCCAUCAUCCUGAGGGUCGGCCAGGUCGGCGGACCUCUCCAAGGCGGGGGGUGCUGGAACAAGAUCGAAUGGCUCCCGUCGUUGAUUCAGUCGUCCAAGGCCCUCGGGCUGAUCCCGACCGGCUUGCCCGACGUGAACUGGAUCCCGGUCGACAGCCUGGCCGACAUUGUGGUGGAGAUUGGUAUGCCCAUGCCAAUACCCAUGCCCCUGGCCCAGCCGACCGACGACCUCCAGGUCUUUAACCUGGUCAACCCGCAGCCCGUGCCGUGGGCGGAUCUCGUGCCGUGCAUUCAAGCCUGGUUCGAGGCACAGAAGCGUCCACUGCAAUGCGUGCCGCUGCGGCUCUGGAUCAAAAGCCUCCAGGCCAUCGAUGUCAACGACGCCGAACAGGUCAAGGCCGUGCCGGCGGUCAAGAUUGUCGGCUUUUUCGAGGCCAUUGCAGAUGCUGGGCCGGAGAGCCUGAGCCCGUCCUAUGUCACUCGGAGGGGUAUCAGCUGCAGCCCGACCAUGGCGAAGCUUGCUCCGGUCAGUCCAGACUGGAUGAGAAUCUGGCUAGGGCAGUGGAACUUCUGA